GCGAAGCCGGCUUUGGAGAGCUGCUGUGGCGGCGGCAACAUGGCGGACGUGAUAAAUGUCAGUGUGAACCUGGAGGCCUUUUCCCAGGCCAUUAGUGCCAUCCAGGCGCUGCGCUCCAGCGUGAGCAGGGUGUUCGACUGCCUGAAGGAUGGGAUGCGGAACAAGGAGACGCUGGAGGGCCGGGAGAAGGCCUUCAUUGCGCACUUCCAGGACAACUUACAUUCGGUCAACCGGGACCUCAAUGAGCUGGAACGUCUGAGCAAUCUGGUAGGCAAGCCAUCUGAGAACCAUCCUCUUCAUAACAGUGGGCUGUUAAGCCUGGAUCCUGUGCAGGACAAAACUCCUCUCUAUAGUCAACUCCUUCAAGCAUAUAAAUGGUCAAACAAGUUGCAGUACCAUGCAGGACUAGCAUCUGGCCUUUUGAAUCAGCAGUCGUUGAAGCGCUCCGCUAAUCAGAUGGGAGUAUCUGCCAAACGUAGACCAAAGGCUCAGCCCACAACUCUUGUUCUACCACCUCAAUAUGUUGAUGAUGUGAUCAACCGCAUUGACAGGAUGUUUCCUGAAAUGUCCAUCCAUUUAUCCAGACCCAAUGGAACAUCAGCAAUGCUUCUGGUGACCUUGGGAAAGGUGUUGAAAGUGAUCGUCGUCAUGCGGAGCCUGUUCAUUGAUCGAACAAUAGUAAAGGGAUAUAACGAGAAUGUCUACACCGAAGAUGGCAAGCUUGAUAUAUGGUCCAAAUCCAACUAUCAAGUAUUCCAGAAGAAGGCGUGCCUUUGUCCUGCUUGUUUUCUCCAUGCCGGCUGGGAGUGGCCGCUGACUAGUCUUUGUCCUGCACUCUCAGGUGACAGACCACGCCACCACUGCCCUGCUCCACUAUCAGCUGCCCCAGAUGCCGGAUGUCGUGGUUCGAUCCUUCAUGAGUUGGAGCUGGAGAUGGAAGCAGCCGCAAAGCAGCCAUUCCCGUGGUGUGCUGCAGCCGGCUCCUGCCAGUGCCUGUUCAGAGUCUUGCGAGCUGGUUCUUCAGCCACUACUAGUUUGAAAUCAAACUUGGUGGGAGUGUGGACGCCACGGAAAUCAGCAAACACUGCAAGUCAGGACUUUCCCCGACCCCAGGGCCAGUUGAUCAGCAUUUAUCACACGGCCACCAGUUGGCCUAAGCAGGGCUAACACCAUGUCCCCCGCAUCCUUGACAGACGUAGCCAGCUGUUGCACCGUCAUGCUCACACAGCCGCGUGCUCUCACGCCGGCAGACCCCAGAGUCCACCGCUACCGGGACUCCCUGUUUUCUUCAUGCUAGAAAGUCUGCCGGUUAGAGAACCGACUCCAGAGACUCACCUGUUAGCAAGGCCAAAUCAGUGUUCAUCCAUCACAUGGGCAUCAACGGUCCCACUGCUCAGAGAGCCUGGAGUUCAUUCCUCGGAAGACACAUCCCUGGUGCGUUGAUUGGCUUCCUAAUGGUGGCAGACUGGGCACAACACGGCCAGGUGCUCAGAGCUCCUCACGGAGUGGUCCUUCUGUGUGUCCAGGGAACGGUUCUCCUGCUCCAAUUUCAGAUAGCUGCAGAGACGUGCUUUUGAGCCUAACACGUUGUAAUGCCCCCUUUCCCUUUGGUAACUGACUUUGGGAUUCAGGGAAGAUUUGAAUCCCAGUGACUCCACUUAGGAGGCUGAAGCAGGAGGAUCGCUUGAGCCCAGGAGUUCAAGGUUACGGCGAGCUAUGAUUGAUUGCACCACUGCACUCUAGCCUGGGUGUCAGAGUGAGGUCUA